AGUUUCAGUUUCGAUUUGACUUUGCGAAUUUUAUCACACAUGGUGUUUUAAAAUAUAUAAAUGAGGUGUAUCUUUUAAGGUUUUCUGCAAUAUUCUGUUGAACCGACUAACACGGUAACAAUAGUGGCGAUUAACACUGCAACAGGUGAUGGUGUGACUGGGCUUGUUACUCCUGUGUGUAAAUGGCCAUGGCUGAGAAUCAUCCAUCCGGAGCACGACCGAAACAGCCCAUCCAGCGACCGCUGACUGCGUAUCGUAUGUCGGAGGAUGAGAGGCUGGCAAGGAAACUACACGAAGAAGAAGAGUCACUGGCCUUGGACGAACUGAUGGCGCAGCAGCUACAGGAACAGAUUAACGUCAGUGACCACGAAAAAGAUGAGAGGCUGGCUAAGAGACUCUACGAAGAGGAAAACUCGUUAGCCAUGGACGAACUGCUGGCACAGCAACUACAAGAACAGCUUAACGUCAAUGAUGACCACAAAAAAGCUAAUGAACUUCAACAAGAGUUUUCUCGGCAUCAGGACAAGACGAUGGUGGAUGGAAUGUUCGCCAGACAACUCCAGCUGGAGGAGGAAAAAAACCAACAGAAGAAACGUCCGCCUAGACGACCGGAAAGUGAUUUUGAAGAUGACCUGGGUAUGUUACAGCUACCGAGAAUCGUAUUGGCCAUGAGUGGACAUCAACCAAUGGGUGGUAAUCUUCCGUCCGGUCAACAGCGGAGACAGUUGGCCACGAUAGGUGGACAGAGACGACCGGCUAACGCAGAAAACUUGCCUGAUGGUGAGUGACCCAGAACAAUUACUAAUGAUAAACAGUCCACAAGAUUUCUUGGGCUUCCUCAACAUGACGAGAGAUCCACGUUUACUCUUUGCCAUGAUGGCUCCUCAAUUUGAACAUCUAAACGAGGAAAAUGUUGAUCUAAAUGAUUACGAUUCCAUGUGGGAACUGGCCGAACGUUUAGGUGAAGUUAAACACAAAGGAUUGACAAAUGAAGGUAUUUCUGCUUUGCCCACCCGCCAGUACCAGCUCAACGGACCUCAGAACACAGACUGUCAGAUAUGUCUUACGAAGUUUGAAACAGGAGAAGAAUUGAGAAUAUUGCCGUGUACACACGAGUACCACACAGCCUGUAUUAACGAGUGGCUUAAGAGGAAUGCAACUUGUCCUGUCUGUCGUAACAACAUCUCGACUAGUUAAAUCCUGCUAGACCCAAGCCAUGGGACAAGUAUCUGUGAUAACAACUCCAAAACACAUCGAGUGAAAGCUCAAUAACAUCGACUGUGUAACAAAUUGAGAGGUUGAUAAUCCAGACAGUGGAAGGACAAAGUGACAUUAUGUCCUCUCUCUACAAUUGUAUUUACUCCAGAGACUGGCUUCUACUUGCUGACAUUAUCCAAAUGAAAUGAAAAAUGAAGAUUUCUUUCCAUGUUUAAUUUGAAUCCCAAAAAUGAUUAUGGUCAACGACAGAAAAGACACUUUAUGCCCCAUCAUUUUGGCUUUGAACACUAUAAAUACAUUGUAUAACAUCCAGUAGUAAUUUUUUAGUAUGUUAUCUUGGACAAACAGGAGGGCAGGGGGUCAUCUUAAACUUAAUAAUCGGGAUAUGCUGUGAAAUUGCAAUACUUAUACUUAAGUUUACUCAUUUUGUAUAAAACCAGAAGUGAAACCAU